AUGACCGAGGAGAUUGCUGCUGCUCUUUCGAACGGCGACGGAUAUGCUAUAGGUUCCAACGUAGCCGACUGGGAUGUGGAUGGAACCACGACUUCUCCUGCAGAAUGCGCGGCCCGGAAUGGGCUCCAGGAUGUCGCUAUGGCCCUCCUACAAGACCAAGCCGAUGUCAACGCCACCGAUGAAAACGGUCGCACAGCGUUGCAUGGGGCAGCAGGGCUAGGCCACGUUGCCGUUGUGCGGCUGCUGCUGGACAGUCAUGCUGAUGCCGGUGCAAAAGAUGUCAACGGAUGCACAGCUCGCGAAUUUGCCACGAGAAGGCAUCACUCAGACAUUGAGUCCCUCCUGUGUGACCACCUCGAGUUAGAGGUCAAGGACAGUGAGCCCUUUUAG